AUGGGCAUUGCUAUUCGAAUGGUAGCCGCACUGGGCCUGCACGAGGAACCUUUUGGCUUAUCCGGGUCAUCUGCUGACUUAUGGCGCCGUGUAUGGUGGUCCCUGUUCUGUUUGGACACAUUUAGCUGCAUGACCCUCGGCCGACCAACAUUUGGGAGGUGUGGGCCCUCCAUUAACAUUAAACUACCUAUGCUGUGCGGAAAUGACAGGUCUCUCGCCACAGUGAACCUGGUGGAGAGUACUCGUUUUUGUAUUAUUGCAACUCAGAUCCAAGAGGCUCUUGCUACCUCCCCGCGAAUCCGGCACGAUCAGGUGGCCGAGCUGGACAAGAAGCUUGUAGACUGGUACGAGCAGCUACCAUUACUCCUGACAAGUCCACAGGAAGCCACCACUGCCGCCAUCUCUACAAUCCAGACAAACAUUCAAUGGCGUUACUUGAACUCUCGCAUGCUUCUGUAUCGACCUGCCUUACUGAAUUACGCCAUGCGCCUAACACCCUUUUCAACGCUACCUCCAGAAAAACGCCACGUAAUAUUUUUCAACGCUUAUUUACCCUUCUUUCAAUCAUUCGCCAACAUGCUCUAG